CACAGGUUUCCAAACUUGGAUAAGGUCGACGUCAAAAGAGACAGUUUGUACUUAUUUCAGCUCUGUUGGGGUGUGUCCAGGAUGGCACGGGUGGUGUUUCUCCAUCCAGAUUUGGGCAUAGGUGGAGCCGAGCGCCUGGUGGUCGAUGCUGCUGUCGCUCUGAAAUCUCGGGGGUGUAGCGUCCAGAUAUGGACGGCCCAUUACGACUCAACACACUGCUUCUCUGAGACCCUGAACCCAGACCUGCCUGUGAUAUGUGUGGGUGACUGGCUACCCACCAGUGUGUUUGGCUACCUGCACGCACUAUGUGCUUAUCUGAGGAUGAUUUUUGUUGCCCUCUACCUGGUCUUUCUCAGCGGGGUGGAGUAUGACGUCGUCUUCUGUGAUCAGGUAUCCGUGUGUAUCCCGGUGCUGAGAUUGUCUCGUUAUAGAAAGAAGGUUUUGUUCUACUGUCACUUUCCCGACCAGCUGUUGACACAGAGAAAAUCAGCCCUGAAGAAGCUUUACCGCGCUCCCAUCGACUUGCUGGAGGAACGCACCACUGGUAUGGCUGAUAUGAUUCUGGUAAACAGCCAGUUCACCGCGGGCAUCUUCAGGGACACCUUUCAUAGUCUAAGAGGACUCCAGACAGAUGUCCUCUAUCCCUCCCUCAACAUGCGUAGCUUUGACCAGCCAUCUACUGAAGCACAAGGCCUGGAAGGGCUGCUCCCUGAGGGAACCUCCUGCCUGUUUCUCUCUCUGAACCGAUAUGAGCGAAAGAAGAAUCUGGGCCUGGCUCUGGAGGCUCUGGCAGCCCUGAGGAGCAGCCUCCCUCCAGGCCAAAGAGCGGGCAUUCACCUGGUGGUGGCGGGGGGCUACGAUGACCGCGUAACUGAGAAUGUUGAACAUUAUGCUGAACUGAAAGAGCUAACAGCGCAGCUCCACUUGGACGACUGUGUCACUUUCCUGCGUUCCCCCUCUGAUUCACUAAAGGUGGCGCUGCUGCGGGACAGCGCCGCGGUGCUGUACACCCCGAGCAGAGAGCAUUUUGGUAUAGUUCCCGUAGAGGCCAUGUACUGCUGCUGUCCUGUUAUCGCGGUGAACUCCGGGGGCCCCCUGGAGAGCGUGGCAGACGGGGAGACGGGGUUUCUAUGCGAGCCCACGGCGGAGGCCUUCUCUAAGGCAAUGGAGAGGCUUGUCAGGGAACGGCAGCUCCGCAGGGACAUGGGGCAAGCUGGGAGGAGGAGGGUACAAGAUAAGUUCUCUCUUCAGGCCUUCUCAGACCAGCUGUAUGGGUACAUUGUCAGGCUGAGCCAAUGAUGUGAAAACUGGGUAAAAGCAAAAGAAAGCCAGAGGAAUAGCAGGAACAACAUUUUCUUACCAAACUAUGAAACUGAUGGUGGAUGGGGGUCUGCAGAGUGGAAGUCUUCUAUCAGAGAAUGUAUGUGUAUAUGUGCAGAGAGGUGGGGGUGGAGGGGGGGACUUAAGAGGACAAUUAAUCAGCAUUCCCCUGGAGGGGUUGCUGAGAGGAAAAACAGGGCGGAAUUUCUAUACCAAUUAAGAAAAGAGUAACGAGUUUACCUACCCUAUCUCUGAAAAAAUACCACCUCUGCAAGUGUGUAUGUGCUUGUGUGUAAGCGUGCGUGUGUAGCGGCACAGCAACCAAGAGCCUAGGAAAUGAGCAUACCAAAAGGAUUGAUUGUUAGAAUGAAAUGUUUUGCACUGUGUAUGUUUUUCAUGUCCUCUCUACAGUAGUCUUUGUCUUUGUGUGUUUGAGGCUGAAGAAGAAGAAUGUAGUUACCACCAUGUGCCAUCAGGCAGUGCACAGUCCCAGAUCGAUAAACAGGAUGCUUUCCGCUACUUCCUGUCCGCUCAGAGCUUUGUUCCCCUUCUAGCAUUCAGAAGACGCUGGCCUGUCCAUGACUCUUGCUGCCACGUGGAGGUUAUUAGCAGAUGAUAGAGAGUGUUUGGCUUCAUUAGAAGGUCUGGCUGAUGGGCAGUGUGCCUGUGUCUGGGUCAUUAUCAACAAGGAGAAUAGCUGAAGGUCAGUGUGUCUGCGUACUGGCCUCCUCAGCCCUCCUACUGUAUAGAAAUGCUCUUAUUGACAUUCCUGAAGUCUUAAUAAACAAGAGGACACAUAGUUUCCUGACUCUUAUAGGGUUUGCUUUGUUGUUAAGUUUUUUUGGCCUUUAAUAGAGUUUGCUAAGAACUUUGUGUGGGAGCGUAGAGGCACAGAAACAUUGUUAAUGUUGUUCAGUCUUUUUUUUCUCCUUUACAUUGAACAGAUGUGAUGCGUUGAGAUGUUAAAUGAAACAUUCUCGAGACUCUUCUGCAGUGAAACAUUUUUAUUUUGCUCAUUAACAAAGUUUUUGUGACAGAUGUACAUAGGAGAUACUACAGAAGAUCUCAAGUUUCUGUCUCCAUCCGUUGCUGUACUGUCAUUUGCAGAAUUGUGUCCUUGUGGGCUUCAUUUUUUUUAUUGAAAUCUAAAAAAAAUAAAGAAAUAAUAAUUGCAAUAUUAAAUUACAAACUGAUUGUUUUCAGACCUAAUAUUUACCACAUCACUCAAUCAGUCAUUCACCCAAAUGUUGUUUAACCCACCUGGUUUUACACAGCUUGGCCAUAUCUAACGAACGUGGCGAAGUGCUCACUGUUGAAGUUCAUAUACAUAGUCGUAUUUGCACCCCUGGUGCAGAAAAGUGUCAUAGCGAUGUCUCAUCACCUCCUGUGGAGACAGAACCAGAUUGUGCUUGUUGUUGUUGACCCUGAGGCAAGAAAUCAGGAAAUUAGUCAAACUGCAGCAUUAAUGAAGAUCUUACCUCAUGUUGGAAAUAACACAUAGUUGAGGUUUUCUUAGCUCCAAAAUUACUAAUCACAAAUGUUUAUACUUGUACAAUUCUUAAAAGUUAAGCCAGUAAACAUAAAUAUGCACAAAUCCCACCAGGCAGGUAUACUGCUGCAUCAAGAUAAAACAUUUUUCAGAAUAUUAAUAAAAGCUCACCUGUCGGCAUAUCAUCUCGGAGAGACUGCUGUUCCAGUUUCUUAAAAGAUCCGUUGUUUCUACGAGCUGAAGUCAACAGAUGAACUAAAUUGUUAUUGGAAAUUAUUAGGACGCUGGUUAUGUAAAAGCUAAGACGCUUUCAUUUGUGGCAGAUAGCCUUGACUGUAACUGUUUCAAGAUGAUAGGCAGCCUGAUAUGUUACUAAUUAUUAAACUAUUAUUAUUCUAAUACAUGCUCUAUUAUUCUACCAAGUUCAGACAGACACUGUGAAUCAUAGCCUUUUAAAAAAUAUUUUAUUCUGUUUUUUGUUUCAUAUAGUUUAAAAUGUGUGGUCCACCUACUUUGAGUUCUCAAUUCCCACACCUCGUAUUGAUCACAUGUCUUCAGAGUCAAUUUCAAACGCUGAAACGCAAAGAAACCAACAGCAAUACCUCUUGUUUUUCAGAACUGCAAAUUAUUUGUCCCAGUUGGUCCAAUUAGUGCCUGUAGCCUUGGUUUAAUUUAAAAUAAAUAUUGAGGUCUAGCAUUUGAAAUAUCACAGCGAUAUGUCUCAGUCAAUUUAUGUAUGUGAUCUUGUGAGUAACAUUUUUGUCAUUAAUGUCAGUCCUGCAUAUUAAAACAUUUGGUUAGAAACUGUUGAAAAAUGUUAGAAAAUACAAACAGUAAUAAUGUAAUCAUUUAAUAUUCAGAAUCGGUCUAGAAAAAAUGUCUCAAGAGCUGUAGACAUUAAAUAAAAGAGAUUAAUUGUUAACAUUCUAUCAUAUAUUAUAUGAGUUUAAAAAUGUGAUAGUUUAUUGCCAUUUUAAGGUAAUCUAUAAGAAUUUGCUUUGGUGAGCACAUAUAAAAUCAAACCUGGGGACAUAAUCCUGUUUAAGACAUAAAACACAGUAAAAACCUAAAAUUGACAUUGUGAAACAGUAAAAUACUUGCGGCAAAAACCUAUUUUGAUGUUAUAUACAAGGGUAACAUUAGUAAUUUAGUUGUUAUGACCGAGCUCUGAGGUCAUACAGUUAAUUAAAAACAGCAAAAGCACCAAAUUUGGUGUUUCCUUCAUGCUUUAAUGGGAUCCACAUUGCCAUUGUGUGAAACUGGUAAGGCCAAUUUUCGUAUUCAAACUUGGUUUUAAAAGUUAUUGGAUUACAUGAGUCUUUAUGGUUGAGAAAUCCAACUGAGCUUUUGGCGUCGGAUUAAUUAAAAAAUACAUGUUGCUCAGAUUAAAACAAGCUGUUUCCGAUGUACAAAAUACACAGAGUAUACAUUUCUUGAAUAUAAAUAAGGCACACAAAAUGUUUAUAGACAUUUUCAGGGACGCAAAAUACUGGUAGAAAACAAGAAGCAAGAAUCAAAGAGCAGAUGUGUGUUUGUGUGUGUGUCUGUGUUUUCCACAUGCAGAGAUCUUAAGAGUAGAUGAUGAGGAGGGUGUUGCAGCAGUGAUUUAGGGGCCCUGCUAGGCCAGAUGAUAAAAAGGCCCCGUGGAGCCUGUAAGGGAGGCAAAGACACAUAAACAAAAACAUGCAGCAGUAAACACUCAUCACGCUCUGCUGUAUUGGCUCAGUGUAAAGGUGUCCCACUUUACUCCCUGCACAGAAAGAUGAUGUCUGAAGUCUCUUUUCUGUCUCUUCCUGUUUAAAAAAACUGUCUUUACCUCAAAGUUGUGAAAGAAGAAUCAAUGUCCCUUCCCUCCACCUUUGCCUCCCCUCUCCUGUGCCCUGUGGUGGGUUGGUUAUUGAGAUCACGGUGUGUCUGAGUGGCAGUGAUAACCAGUACCCAGGUGCCACUGGCACAUGGUGUUUAAUUAAUUAAUGAGACCGCGGGGUUGGUUUUCUAAUUCCACCUAGCCAGCACCGGGGUGAGGGGGAGAUAGCCGUGAAAUGUUUAGGUGUGUGUUUUCAGGCGAGGAAAGGAGAGAUGUAUGUGGGAGUGUGUGCGGGUUACGGGUGUAUAUCUAUUUUGUUGGCAGUUUGGGAGCUGGUUUCCUUGUUAGUGGAGUAUUAAAUAUGUAUGGAAUAUUUUUACUCCGACUUUUAAUCACAUGUUACGAUUGGGUGUUAAUCAUGGGCUAAAUGAAGCUGAUGAGAGAAAUACAGUGUUAAUACAUCAAUCUGAACUCUCUCCUCCUGCACACUAACCAGGUCAUGGGCUCGUUGCCCUGAAAACCAAGAAUCGAGAUGUAAACACAAUACAAAGACUGGAUGGUGUACAGAGCAGCACAUGAUGUGUGUUAUUAAGGUUUACGGAUAAUGAAUGAGUCCUUGUUUUUAUUUUUUAUAUAAACAAAAUGGGAACAAAAUAAUCUCUAAUAAUUCAAUCAUGUGCCAAAAAUUGGGGCGCAGUUGUAACAUCAAAAAUAAAUAAAUAUAGUUCUAUGAUUUAAACAAAAGGUUGCUGUCUUCUCUGAUUCUCCAUUCAACUUAAAGGUUAAAACAGGAAGUUCAAGAAAAUCCCUAUGUAUAAAAACU